GCUGGAAGCCUAGCGAAUUUCCACAGGGUCGUUGUGGAUAUUAUCCUGAUGAUCAAAGUAUGUCGAUGUUUCCGGUGUGGAUUGAGGGGAUUCUCAGGUUUUCAGUUGAUACAGAAAGACUGUCGUGGGGAGAUUGAAGAAGACAAGAAAAUUUCCCAUAAUGUGUUUGAUCGCCUUGAGUUCAGCGUUUCAAAGGAACAUUUCCCUUUUAGAGCAAUCCAAAUAACCAGGAAGCCGCCAGAGUGGAGGACUGAAAGUGAAAUAAAACAUUUGCAAAACCGCUUGCAGCUGAUGGAGAGCUUCCGACAGUAUAGUCCAACUCUGCAAAGCCUUCUGGCCAAAGUGAUUCGCUUUGAACGGUUUGAGCGCAGGAGAGUGAUAAUCAGGAAGGGGCACUUGGCAGACAGUUUCUAUUUUAUCUAUUGUGGUUCAGUGGCUAUCACUGAUGAUGAGGAUGGUGGCAGUGCCUUUGUAGAAACAACGCCAACUACAAUUCGAAGAGGUGCUUCUUUUGGUGAAAUUGCCCUUUUACAAAACACAAAGAGGGUUGCCACUGUUGUCUGCAUGGAGGAAACAGAACUUCUGGUGGUGGACAAAACUGAUUUUUUUGCCUAUGAGCUAGACAAGGAACUUCAUCGAGAGUUCAAAUACCGAUAUGAAUUUUUGAGAAGUGUAGACCUUUUUGAAACACUACCUGAUGCUUCAGUAGAGAAAAUAGCUAACUUCUGCAAAGUUGAGAGAUCUCACUAUGGACAGGUGAUUGCUAGUGAUGUCACAGAAUCAUCCACUAUGAUACUGAUUACAAUGGGCAUUUGUGAGGUUUUGCGGUUGGUUGACCUCAGCACUUGUCCAUCUUAUCAAAAAUGGAUCUCUAAACAAUUGUGUUUUCCCAAGCACAAACUACAGUUAAAGGAAAGGCACCGUGUGGUUGCUGAGAUUGCAUGUGUUGACAGAUUCAAAAGCACUAUGUGGAACUCCUACACAGGGGGGAGAGUGAAUGAGCUGAAAGAGUACUAUGUUCGUCAGAAGAAUGAUCAGUUUGGGAGCUUUGCAAGGCAAAGUAGUCUCUUCAACAAGCACCAAAAAAGUGUAAUAAUAAAAGUAGACACAUGCGAUGAUAAGAGUCCAUUCCACGAGCAGCAUGAGAACAACAAUAAGGAAGUUGUUCAAAAGGUUGUAUCGGGAGCAUUCAGAAAGAAAUCAACCUACACUACUUCCUAUGGACAGAUGCCAGCAUCUGUUGCUGCAGCUGUAUAUAUCAGAAUGGAUGAAAUGCGUAAAGGGGAAUAUAUAGCAAAUAUGCAAGAUAACCGUGUCAUAGUUUUGGUCAGUAAAGGGUCUGAAAUCAUCCGUCUGAAAAAAGAAAAGCUUGAAGAAUGUGCAGAUGAUGCCACUAUUAUGAAAUUAAGCCAAAAAAAGAUGAAAUAUCCCAGUGAUGAUGAGCUGUGCCAAGUCUUCCUCAGACAGAACUCUUGGGAAACAUUUAAGAAAGAUCUGUUGAAUCUUGUGAUGCAGCCCAAGCUCAUGAAGAUGGUGCAUCCUCCACAUCCAUGCCCCACAGAAGAAAUCUAUGCUUCUUGGUGCAUGAACCAAGCAGGCAUCUUAGACAUAACUCCCCUGCGAUACAAAAAGCCUCUUCCCCCAGAGAAAUGCAAGUUCAUUCCUGUCCAGAUGGAACCUGGGAAAGAGAGCUUGCCAGAGAUUCAGCCAAGAUUGAUCCAUGGCAUCACUGUAUUGCGUUCUUCGUUGGAUGGAGCAUUUUAGUGAGCUCUUUCAAGAUUUUGCAUUUACAGGUUAGCAACGUGGGGUGGGGGGCACAACGAUAAAGGUUAAGGAAUGAUAUUGGCAAUAUGCAUGCGUUUGUGUGUACAUACAUACAUAAGAAUACAUAUAUAUAUAUUUGUUUUCUGCACGUUUUGUCUGUCAGAAAGGGCCAUAUUCUUUUAUUUUUACAGCAGAUCUGUGGUGUGAAUUCUGAAUCUGCAGUUAAUUUCCUUUCCUUCCAGUAUUGCCAUAGAGAGAAUAUUUUCCCCUUAAAAAUGCUGUGUGUGUGUGUAUUACAUAUUAUCAAUAAAUUAUAUUUAAUGUUUAA